AUUUGGGAUAACAGGUCCUUUGUUUAUAAUAAAGCGAUCGAUCCUCUUGGCUCGAAUUAGGGUUUUGCGUGCUCCGUGCUGUUCUUUGCUGCUGUUCGUUCUCUCUGCUGCUUGCACCACGCACCUUCCAGGAUUCACCAAUGGCGGAACAGACGGAGAAGGCUUUCUUGAAGCAACCCAAGGUUUUCCUCUGCUCGAAGAAAUCAGGGAAAGGGAAGAGGCCUGGAAAAGGAGGCAACAGGUUCUGGAAAAGCAUUGGUUUAGGUUUUAAGACUCCCAGAGAGGCUAUUCAAGGGACUUACAUUGACAAGAAAUGCCCAUUCACUGGCACUGUGUCCAUCCGAGGUCGCAUUCUUGCAGGUACUUGCCACAGUGCCAAGAUGACCAGGACUAUCAUCGUUCGUCGCAACUAUCUUCAUUUCAUUAAGAAAUACCAAAGGUACGAGAAGAGGCACUCAAAUAUCGCAGCACAUAUAUCUCCAUGCUUCCGUGUGAAGGAAGGAGAUCAUGUUAUCAUAGGGCAAUGCAGGCCAUUGUCAAAGACAGUGAGGUUUAACGUGUCACAGGAAUGUGAAGACUUCUGCCAAUCCCAUUUCCCAGAUUAGAUUUAGGAACUCGCCUGUGUGAUUUCCUAAAUUCGUUUAGGAGGGAUUUAUAUUUGUAUGCUUUUGAUUUGAUUUUUUAUUCCAGUCUCUUUUUUUCCCACCCUAACAGCUGUGUUAUCAGUUUUGACUUUUGAUGUUUAAAAUACAAUUAGUCCUUUAGUUUCUGGCAAA